CCGCGGGUGGUAAUCCCAGCCCCAGGUGGCCCGGCUGGUCCACAGCUGGGGUGGAGAGGGGCGGUGCUGGCCCGGGUUCAGGGAGUCGGAUUUACCUGGAGGAUGCUCGAUGGAGACCUGGGUCUGAUCAAAGACAUGUGCGGGCUGGAGGGGUCAGGUUUGUGAACUGCUCGUAUUCCUGCAAACAUUCAGAUUAGGAUGACGGAGAGUUAAUCUCCAAACGCUCACGGAGCCGCGUGGGUUCUGGGAACCGGAGGGGCAGAUUUAAGACGCCUCUUUCUUUCCCGAGCCCCGCUCCGGCCUUUUGACGGACACAGCAGGUGGCUGCAACAGCAUGAAUGGAUUCGGAAGGAAGUGCCCCCCCUUCCCCCCCAUCCUAGCCUCUGUGAUUGGCAGGGACGGAGCCCCCACCACGCUGCCUCAGAGGAAAACAGAGAUGGAAUCCUCUGCUCUGAGGACAGAAUCGACUCGACGAUGGGUUGCGUUAAGAGUAAAGAGAACAAGGGCCCAGCGCUGAAAUACCAACCCGACAACCCCAACACUACGUCAGCCGGCGCUCACCAGGGCCACUACGGCCCUGAACCCACCCUGAUGGGUCAUUCUCCAGCUGCCAAGAUGCACAACAACACCUACAACAGCCACACUGCAGCCCUCACCCCCUUUGGGGGGGCGUCCUCCGUCAUGACGCCCUUCGGAGGAGCCUCCACCUCCUUCACCUCGGUGUCUGUGAGCAGUCCCUACCCCACCGCCAUCUCAGGAGGAGUCACGUUUUUCGUAGCUUUGUACGACUACGAGGCGAGGACGGCGGACGAUCUGUCGUUCAAAAAGGGGGACCGCUUUCAGAUCAUCAACAACACGGAAGGGGACUGGUGGGAGGCCCGCUCCAUCAACACCGGGGAGACCGGUUUCAUCCCCAGUAACUACGUCGCCCCGGCCGACUCCAUCCAAGCUGAAGAGUGGUACUUUGGUAAGCUGGGCCGCAAAGACGCCGAGCGUCUGUUACUGCUGGUCGGGACUCAGCGGGGAACCUUCUUGGUACGAGAGAGCGAGACCACCAAAGGCGCCUACUCUGUGUCGAUACGAGACUGGGACGAGGUGAAGGGAGACAACGUCAAACACUACAAGAUCCGCAAACUUGAUAGCGGUGGUUAUUACAUCACCACACGAGCCCAGUUUGACACGCUGCAGAAGCUGGUCAGACACUACACAGAACACGCGGACGGGCUGUGCUACCGGCUGACCACCGUGUGUCCCGUGGUGAAGCCGCAGACUCAGGGACUGGCCAAAGACGCCUGGGAAAUCCCGCGGGAGUCGCUCCGGCUGGAAGUCAAGCUGGGGCAGGGCUGCUUCGGGGAGGUUUGGAUGGGCACGUGGAACGGCACCACCAAGGUGGCCAUCAAGACCCUGAAGCCGGGCACCAUGUCGCCGGAGGCCUUCCUGCAGGAGGCCCAGAUCAUGAAGAAGCUGCGGCACGACAAGCUGGUGCCGCUGUACGCCGUGGUCUCCGAGGAGCCCAUCUACAUCGUGACCGAGUUCAUGGGCAAAGGUAGCUUGCUGGACUUCCUGAAAGAGGGGGACGGAAAGUGCCUGAAGCUGCCUCAGCUGGUGGACAUGGCGUCUCAGAUCGCAGACGGCAUGGCCUUCAUCGAGAGGAUGAACUACAUCCACAGGGACCUGAGAGCCGCCAACAUCCUGGUGGCCGAUAACCUGGUUUGCAAAAUCGCAGACUUCGGUUUGGCUCGGCUCAUCGAGGACAACGAGUACACGGCUCGGCAAGGUGCAAAGUUCCCCAUCAAGUGGACGGCGCCCGAAGCUGCUUUAUACGGUCGCUUCACCAUCAAAUCGGACGUGUGGUCGUUCGGGAUACUACUGACGGAGCUGGUGACCAAGGGCAGAGUACCCUACCCAGGUAUGGUGAACAGGGAGGUGCUGGAGCAGGUGGAGCGGGGCUACCGCAUGCCCUGCCCCCAGGGCUGCCCCGAGUCGCUCCACGACAUGAUGAUGCAGUGCUGGAAGAAGGACCCGGACGAGAGACCCACGUUCGAGUACAUCCAGUUCUUCCUGGAGGACUACUUCACAGCCACCGAGCCGCAGUACCAGCCCGGGGACAAUCUGUAGCCCGCCGGCGGCGGCGGCGGCGGCGAGGGGGACGCUCGCGCAGAGGCGGGGAGAGGCGGAUUUCUCUGGGAACGUUGGAGAGGGCGGGCCACUACACUGUGAUUUCUGAUGAAUAUGACGCAGAUUUAUACUUUAUGAUAAGCCCCUCCCACCUUCCUGACCCCCCCCCCCCCUCUUUUUUAUGAGAAAAGUUAUACUUGAGUACUUUUGCGUACCGGCGUUUGGUUUGGGGAUGUUUUUUAGAGACCAAUAACUGUGGUUGAGCUGUGGAGCGUGGAUGGAGGCGGAGCUAAGGUCUGCUGUACGGAUGCACGAGCGAAUGGGGAGCGGCGCUUCUUAACGUCACUUUGACCUACUUUAACCUGGAAAAUCACGGGAAAAAAACGCCUGUGAUCAUUACUUUACUGAUUUAACGUUUUUACAAGUGCUUAAAGAUUUCAGACGUUUGAUUUAGUUCAGUAAAUCAUUUGAAAUGUUUUCUCUAAAUGACUUUUACAGCUGAGCGGAUCCGCGUCAUCCUGUCACUUUUCUAAACGCAUAUUUUAAUAUCACAAAUACAGACAAAUGUACGUUAAACUUUACUUUAAACACAGUGAGAGGAGCUGGAUGUUCUUCGCGGUACAAAUGAGGACUUUUAAGAUGUGAAUUCUGCUUUCCGUUGUUGAUCCUGAAAGCUUUUAGGAACGUUCUAUAAUUCCGCACACAGAGGUAACUUCUAUGAUUUUGUACAGAACAAAAUAAAAGAAUAAAUCAA